AUGGAAUUGAUCACUGAUCUUGGAAUGACAGGAUUAAAACCAGUAGCCACUCCAAUGGAGUGCAAUCAGAGAUUCACAAUAGCAAAAUAUGACCAAAACUUGGAGCUGAAAGAUGAUGAGAAGCUACCAGAUGCAGGGCCAUACCAAAGAUUGGUUGGGAAACUAUUUCACCUUACUAUGACAAGACCAGACAUUUGUUAUGCAGUGCAUGUGUUGAGCCAAUUUAUGCAUUGUCCAAAGAAGUCACACAUGGAGGCAUCAAUAAGAGUUGUUAGGUACAUAAAAGGGGCACUAGGUCUUGGUCUACUGAUGAGCUCAAAGCCUUGCCCAAAACUCACAGCAUUUUGUGAUGCUGGUUGGGCAUCGUGUCCAGUGUCAAGAAAGUCUGUGACAGGGUACGUGAUGAAGCUAGGAGAUUCUUAG